AUGAUUAUUGUCAUUAUAUUGAAAAAAAAUAUAUUUUUUUUCUUCAAGCUUCAUGACUACGAUGACAACCAAAAGCUUGAUGGCUUAGAAUGGUUGAAUGCACUUACAGAUUUUCACACAGAAGAUGAUAGCACAGGUGAAUUCAAAAAAAAAAAACGCAUGUUUCUUGAACAUGAGGCAGAAGCCAUUGUAGAUGAACUACUAAUGAAACAUGACAAAGAUGAUGACGGUAUGAUUGAUUUUAUUGAGCUGAUGAACUCAAAAGUAAAGUCAUUCAUGACAGACCUGGACAAGCCCGAGGAAGGAGAACAAGAGAAAAAAAAACCUCAAGAAAAACAACAGGAACAAUCAUCACUAAAAAAAAAAUUUAAUCAACGUCAACAAAAUCAACAGUCUUCGAAAAAAAAUCAGGCACAGGAUGAAAAUAAACCACAGGACAACAAAAAAAAGGAUCAACGUCAACAAAAUCAACAGUCUUCGGAGAAAAAAAAGGCACAGAAUGAAAAUAAACCACAGGACAACCAAAAAAAAAAUCAACAGCAACACCUACCUCAACAGGAAAACCAAAAAAAAAAACAAAGUGAACAGGAAAACCAACAGGAGCAACAAAAAAAAAAAAAUCGAGACCAAAACCAGCAAGAAUCGAAUUCUAAAAAAAAACAAGGAAAUGAGGAACAAGUCAAUCAGCAGAAUAAAAAAAACUUAGAAGAUGAAUAUAAUCAACAUCAACAACAGAAAAAAAAAAAAUAG